AUGUCCGUCGCUGCAGAGGCAGAAGGGAGCACGAGCAACCGCUCCAGGCGACCUCGCCGCUCUCAUACUGUGCCUGAUCGAGGCUCACUAUGGGACGUAAUGCAUGAUCACCAGGGCACGUCGCUCUUUGUCUUGCCUCUGUGCUGGACCGAUAUGCACACGCGACUGCUUGGUUGUCGCUUCGUCCGGCAACCGUCGCAAGAUACUCCUGUGCCAUCGACUCAUUCAUCACCCAGAACAUCGCCGCCAGCUUCAUUAACGCUUGUCGCCAUCGGAAGAGAUAUUGACACCCUCAUGACUAGAGACAACCCACGUAACGUCGUGCCAAAAACUCGAGCCCUGAGAAACAUCAUGUCAACUCUCUUCCCGAUUCAUCUCGGCAAGCCCAAGGCGAAUGCAGAGCUCAGUCUCAGGUUUGGAGGCCGCCUCUACCAGAAGGCUGCCCGCGCACAGGUACUCUGGAAGCACCAUGACGCAACCAUGUCUUUUGACUCUGCCACUACCUGGACCUCCAGUCGCAACACCAGCCAACUUCUGGCGUCCAUGAGCGUUAACAUUGCCAGCGAUGCCCCCAUCUUGGCAUAUGUCAGCAGAAGCAAUCUCAACCACAUCAGGCAUAAUUGCUUCCGGAUUGUUCAGGGCCCCAACAGGAACCCAAAUAUACCAGUGCAUCGUCUACAGACCUUGAGAUCAAAGAACCUGGUGCCAAGCAACUUGGACGAAGACCCCUACUUUGUUGCAACCGCAAUCUCCUUGGCACAGCAGCAUUUCUACCCCGACGGUCACCGAACCAACCAGAUCAAGCAAAGAGACGUCACUGUCCGCUUGUUCACGAUAUCGGAGGAGGACCAGGCUUUUAUUGUGUACACCGCCAAGAUCUCUUCCGAGUUCCUGAUGAUGUUCCACUCGCCCGAGUCCAAUCCAAAGCCCGAUGCCACGAACUUUAGGAUCGAGUACAAGCACGUCCCCGUGUGGCCGAUUCUGGGCCUCAAGGAGCGGCUCGGUCAGGCACUUGGCGAGGAGCUUGUGGGAAAUAUCGAUCCCCUGAGCAUGGAGACUUUCCCCGACGAUGAAGAAGAAAUAUUCCACGUCAAUGAGCUUACACCUCCGAAGCGCAGGCUUGAUGAUGUCUUCUCAGAGGUUUUGAAUGCCAGCUUCAUUGAAGACCCAGAGCCAAGUAGCACAGAGGAAAUGGGUGUCAUUGGUGAGGAGAACGUGGCAGAAGAUGCGCCGAAAGAUGAAGAGGAAGAGCUUGAAGAAGCUACAGCAAGCGAAAAGUGGCAUCGUUGGGCCAAGACCGCUGCAUUCAAGGCCGAAAAGCAAAGAACAUUCCGAUGA